AGUGGAUUGCUCUUCUAGACCCUUCCCUGGGCGGCCGCGGCGGGUUGAGGAGGACAGAGGCGCGGGUCGAGCCUGGCACCUGUGCAACAGGGCGGGGCAGAGACUGAGGCGGCGCUGGGCGCGGCGUGGCCUGGCCCGUCCUGCCCGUCCCUCGGCGGCUGAGCCCCAGCGCUGGCGAGGCUGCCGCGCAACAGGUUACCGGCGCGGAAGAGAGCGGCGGCCGCCUGUGCCCAUGGCCGGUCGCGGUCCCACCGCUGAGCAGGGCUACAUCCGCACCGUGCUGGGCCAGCAGAUCCUGAGGGAGCUGGAUAGCUCCAGUCUGGCGCUGCCCUCCGAGGCCAGGCUUAAGCUUUCGGGCGGCCGGGCCAGUGAGGAGAAGGCACUGCGAAUCCAACAGCAGGUCCAGCAGACACUGGCCAGGAAGAGCCGAGGCUCGCUGCAAAACGGUGGUUUGCACCGUGCAGCCAGUGUUCCAGAGCGUGUCUAUAACAUGGGGAUUACUGAAAAUGAUUUUGCACCAAGAACUCCCUAUAGUUUCUCAUCAUACCAGUCAAACCAGGUGGCAUCACCAUACUCUUACACAAAUGGCUGGGGGAUGAGGAUUACCUACAAGGCAAUGGAAGAGAAAGCUCAAAGACAGCCUCUGAAGAGACUAGAGGUUUCACCACAACAAAGUCCUGAAAGAUUGGCAUAUGUGUCCAACAAUUUUCACAAUGAUGAAGGAAUUUCAACUGCGUUCUCCAUGAGGCAUGGAGAUAGCAGGAGAUCCAAAGGGACCAUGUCACCAAGAUAUGCUCGGUCUGAGAUUGUGGGUUACACUCUUCAUGAUUCAGUGAACAGGGGACGCUCCUAUAAGAGACAGUCCCAGAUGGGGGCUACUAAUGAUGUCCUGCUUGAUGGUAUCUACCCCAGCCCUGUUGUACCUCUGCACUAUCAAACAGGCAACAGUCGCAGUAUGACCAACCUUUUGGAGAAGGAGAACUAUCUGACAUCAGGCAGUGCAAUGGGACAAGUGAGAUCACCAGUUGCUUCCCGUCUGGCAUCUCAGAACAGGCAAUCUUUAAGGUCCAGCUGGUACCAAACUACUUUGAGAAGCACACAGAGCAGGAGGGACACUUCCCAUCCGGCUUCAAUAACCAGUGUCUCUGCAGAAACAGAUGGGAAGAGGAUACCAUUGACAGCUGCUGUGGCAGCAGCAGGAAGAAAUGGAUUCCUGCAGAGUGAACAAGUCACUGUCAAUGGAUCUCAUCUAGGGAGCCUAGAAGGGGAGAUGACUCUGGAACAUGCAGUGAACAUACUGAAGAGUGAAAGUACACCAUCUACACCUAGGAUUCUUGCUGCUGUGACUUUCAUACAGCAUGAGUGCUUCCAGAAAGCAGAUGCCAGAAGAAAAGUUUUCUUACUUGGAGGUAUUCCCAAACUUUUACAUCUUCUUGAUGUUCAGAAUGAGGACAUUCAGCGGGCAGCGUGUGGUGCUCUGAGAAACUUGGUGUUUGAGGACAAUGACAACAAACUGGAAGUGUCAGAGCAGAAAGGGAUACCUCUCUUGCUCCACUUACUCCGACAUACCAAGGAUGUGGAGACUAAAAAGCAAAUAACAGGUUUGUUGUGGAAUUUGUCCUCCAAUGAACAGCUGAAGCACCUGUUGAUUAGAGAAGCCCUACAAACACUCACUGAAGCUGUUCUCAUCCCUUACUCGGGCUGGCCAGAUCAAGAUUAUGCAAAGUCAAAUGCUUUACCUGACCCUGAUAUCUUCUACAAUGCUACAGGAUGCUUGAGAAACAUGAGCUCUGCUGGCCCAGAAGGAAGAAAAAAAAUGAGAGAAUGUGUCGGCUUGAUUGAUUCUCUGGUGUAUUAUAUUCAAGGAGCUAUUGCAGACCAUGAGCCUAAUGACAAGGCCACAGAGAACUCUGUGUGCAUUCUUCACAAUCUUUCCUACCAGCUAGAGAUAGAACUCCCAGAGACAUAUGCCCAGAGCAUAUAUAUUCAAAGAAGAAAUAUUUCUAGCAAUGAUAAAACACCAGGCUGUUUUGGAACACGGAGCAGAAAGAAGCAACAGGAUAUUCCACUACCUGAGGAAAAGAGCAGUCCAAGAGGUGUUGAAUCACUCUGGCAUUCCACACUGAUUAGGAUAUAUCUCUCCUUAAUAGCAAAGAGUACCAGAAACUAUACCCAGGAAGCAUCCCUGGGAGCUCUUCAGAACCUCACAGCAGGCACUGGACCAAUGCCAUUUGCGGUGGCCCAGACUGUUGUUCAGAAGGCAGAUGGCCUUCCAGGUAUUCGAGCUAUGCUGCACACAAGCCACCUGCCAGUAAAGAAGACAGCUGUCUCGCUGCUCAGGAACUUGUCUCGCAACACCUCUCUGCGAAGUGAUAUAGCUAGAGAAGUUUUGCCCGAUUUGGUCUCAGUACUUCCUGAGUCUGUCCCAGGGUCUGAUAUUGUCUGUGAAACCACAGCAUCCAUCUGCUACACCUUGUACAAUUUGACACAGAGCAGUUCACAUAAUGCACGACUUCUUCUGAGUGCUAAUGGCCUACCAAAGAUUAUUGCCAUCAGCAUGAAUGACAGUAACAUGUUCAACAAGGCUAGUAGGGCUGCUUCAGUUCUCCUCUACUCCUUGUGGUCCCAUACUGAUCUCCACAACGCUUACAAAAAGGCUGACUUUAAGAAGGCGGAUUUCAUCAAUACCCGAACCACAAAAGCUUAUAACUCACUAAAAGAUUGAGUCGGAGCAUAACGCCAUGGAAGACCAUGCACCAGUUAACACAACUGUCUUCACACAGUUGGUGUUGCCAUCAUGAACCAGGAAGUAUCUCAGAAAAAAAACAUGUUAGUUUUAUAUAAGACUUGAGUGACUAGAGGAUAGCUGUUUUGUGAGUUUAAUCCUAAUCGUCUUGUUGCCACUGUAUAAAGCAAUGAAAGAGUAACCAAAGAUGGAUUCAGGUUGUCAGAGAUGAAGUUUCAUCCACUUUACCACUAGUCAGAGCUUCAGAUGACUGUCUUUAAUCUAACAGGCAUUUAUACAGAGAAGUUUGAAAUGCUGAUUGGCAGCAAAUUCUUUUCAGACUGUUUUAUACAAAUAGUUUUCUACAGUGAGUAAGCAUCAAGUGCACUCCUCAGGACAUAGUACUUUUUCCACCCUUUUCCGUCCCACAUGCUAAAUAAGACUCUCCAGACUCUGAGUAUGCCCAAGAAGCUGUUUCACUACCUGCAUUAUAAAAGCACGAAUUAAGUUAAAAUUACUAUUUUUGUAUUGUAUUCAAGCACUCACUGGUUCAUAAGCCUGUUUCCUCUGAAAUUUCAACAGCAUGCAACAAGACUGAUUUUACAUGUUAUCCCAUACUCCUCUCACUCUCCCUCACAUGGCUGUUAGAAUUGGUAACUGUCCAGAAAGGAUUUUAACUGUGCAGAAAGGAUUUCACACACUUGGGCUAGACUUAGACCUAUCAUUCUUUGCUAGUUGGUUGCAGAGAUAUUCACUGGUAAUUCAGGGAUUAUUUUAGGAAAAUUGCAUUUUCAGAAUGUUUCUGUUGAUAACCUGUAUACAGUAAAGGGAGUGGAGUCUUGUCUUUAUUUUCUAGUAGAUAAACACACAAGAGGUAGGUUUCAUACUGCUUAAGGAAUUCAUGUGAUAUUACUUCAUAUUCUCUUACUUGAAAAAAAUCAUCCUUUCUACAGCAAUUCUAUAGGACUGUGCUUGCACAUGUGGGAAUAGGUAACAGAAAGAGAAUAAUCCUAAGCACCUAAAGGCUGUUCCCAUUAUAUGAUCACUGAAGAGGAGAAAGAACCACUAAAAGAACCCAUCUGAUACCUUUAGUAAGCAAGAUUUGUCUCAACAAAGCAACAGUUAAAUUGUCCAUUAAACCAAUAGGAAAUUCAUAUAUAAAUGCAUAAAACUUCAUGGAUUAUCAGAUGACAUGGUCUGCCAUUACUGUUCUGAAAUCAGGGGAGCUAAGCUACGUUCCUGGCAAUGAAGACUUUGGCAUAUGUAUUUUAUAAGCCAUCCCAUAUGAACAAAGAUAGCCUUGUAACCCUUGCUGAACUGAUGGCAUGGGAACUCUUGCAGCUGUUGUUAUCCAGAGGGGGAUGCAUAAUCCUUCAAGCAGGGACUUGACAGAGAAGAUUUUCAGGCCUCCAUUUCAGCACUUCUGGCCAAAGGUCUAGCUUCUACCAGAAUCUUACAAUCAGCAGAUUGCACUCUGUCCAAACAUAUUUCUGGAUAUCAGGGAGCUGUAUUCUGCUAGUAGGUGCACAUAGGUCUCAGAGUGCCCAGAAACUCCUACAGGUGCAUGCAGAAUAGAAUGUGUCCUGCAAAGGUAAGCAAACAACCCUGCUCUCCCAUCACAGAUCAUUUUCAUAGGUCUCUGAGUGCUCUGCAUUUGCCUUGAGCAAGUCCCAUCAAAUGCAUUCCAGUAAGAGGUUUUAAAAAUACUUUUUUAAAAGAGGUUGUUUUCAGAAUACUCCAGGUCCAAAAACAGCACAGAGGAGGGGAACUUAAAGCACCACAUGUUGAGAAAAUUGUUUUUAUACAUUUUAAAAAUAUGAUAAAACCCGAACAGUUAAAACCUAACUUUUCCCUCUAACUUACUAACCCAAGUAACACUGCAUCUGCCAUAAGGAAGUAAACACCUGGAAACCUAGACAAGUCUAAUUACACUGCGCAACGAGCAGUAGGCAGGCAAAAUUAAUGUACAAAGAGUGCAGAAUACAGAGUAGCAGGGAAAGGAAGAACUGCGUUUUAAAGUUGAGAAAGGAGACUUUUAGAAAUACUCAAGCACUGGUUUAUUUUGAUGAAACUCACAUGUGAUUUGAAAAAACAAAAACACCUCAUACAGGACAGUUUUAAAUGCUCUGCUUAAUAUGUCUGUUGUGGGGUAGAUGUCCUUAAGAAGGCGAUGCAGUCGUUUUUAGUUGUUUCAAUGAACUUACAGGUCUUUUCCAGUGUAAAUGGUUGAUCAUGUCCCUUUAGAGUCAAAACAGUGUUCAGAAGUCAUAAAAAAGUAUAUGAGAUCUGGCAAUAACCAAAAGCUAUAAACAGACAUAAGGAACAAUGACACACCUUAUUAUAACCUAUCUCCAACGUGUAUGCAAUCAAAAGCAUUUCAGCAGGACUAUGAAAAAAGCAAAGAAUGAUAGAGAAAUAAUAAAGUGUUCUCUCUAAUGCAAAAAA